AUGAUUUCAUUAUCCUCUGCAACUCAACCUUCUUGCCUAACCUGUGGAACUAUCAAAGUCUCCAAGUUGAUUAUUGCUGAUAGUUGCAAAUAUGGUAGAAGAGUGGCACAAACACCAGGGAGAAUCAAUGUGGAACAAAACCUAGUGUUUGGAGAAGUUGCUAAGAAGAUGAUAAAAGAUUCUUGCCACACCCGUAGAAUAAGUGUAUUGGCUGCUUCAACUUUUCCUGUUAUUCAACCUGCCAACAAAUUAUCCACUUAUUUGUUUAGAACAGAAAAGGGUGGCCAUGUGAAGGUUAUUACCGGGUUAAAAAACGACAAGCAUAGGGUGAAUCUUGAAGUUUCCUCUUUGCAUGACAAUGAUGAUGAUGUGAUCAUGAGUUGGGGCAUAUUUAGAUCUGAUUCAUCAUCACUAAUCCCUCUGGAGUCGAGUGAUUCUGGAAUCUUUGAAACCCCUUUUGUGAAUAAAUCCUUAAACAAGCUUUCCACUGAAUUGGAAUUUGAUGCAAGUUUAGCUCCCUUCUAUGUUUCAUUCCUAUUGAAGUCUCAUUUUGGUGGUGAAAAGAUCGAGAUCAGAAGCCAUAGAAGGACAAAUUUCUGUUUCCCAGUAGGCAUAAGAUCAGGAUCUCCUGCUCCACUUGGCCUUUCAUAUUCAGCUGAUGGCAGCAUCAACUUUGCCCUUUUCUCAAGAAACGCCGAAAGUGUAAUCCUAUGUUUAUUUGACAACAGAUCUAAAGAAAACCCCGCUUUAGAAAUUGAUCUGGAUCCUUAUGUGAAUCGAUCAGGUGACAUCUGGCAUGCAUCAGUGGACAGUGACAUGAACUUCGUGUCAUACGGGUAUCGAGUCAGAAACAGUGGUCAAGACAAGUCUUAUGAGCAUCAAGUCCUAUUAGAUCCAUAUGCUAAAGUCAUAGGAGAGAAGUUUCUUGGUGAAAUUUGUAAGCAACCUACUUUUGAUUGGAGUGAUGACAUUCGCCCUUGUUUACCCAUGGAGAAACUAAUGGUUUAUCGGUUAAAUGUAAUGGAUUUCACAAAAGAUCCAUCUAGCAAAUUGACAAACGAAGUUGAAGGGACGUUUUUGGGUGUUAGUGAGAAGUUAGAUCACUUCAAGAAUCUUGGUGUUAACGCCAUCUUAUUAGAGCCAAUAGCUCCAUACGAUAAACAAGUUGGACCAUAUUUCCCAUCUCAUUUCUUUUCACCACAGAAUCCGUUGACCAUUCAGUCAAUGAAGGAGAUGGUAAAGAGAUUACAUGCAAACGGAAUCGAGGUCUUAAUGGAAGUUGUCCUCACCCAUACUAGUCAAACCGCAUCGUUGACCAAGAUUGAUAGACCUUCCUAUUAUCUUUCAACUAAAAAUGAACUGAAUUGUGCGCAUCCUGUUGUUCAACAGCUGAUUUUAGAUAGUCUUAGAAAUUGGGUGAUUGAGUAUCAUAUCGAUGGGUUUUGUUUCAUCAAUGCUUCUUCAAUGUUAUGUGGAUUUAAUGGAGAAAUUCUCUCUCGUCCACCUUUAAUUGAAGCAACUUCUUUUGAUCCUAUACUUUCCAACACCAAACUUAUAGCAGAUUCUUUCAACCCAUUUCAAAAAUCCACAAAAGAAAUCCAGUUUCCACAUUGGAAAAGAUGGGCGGAAAUGAACACGGAAUUUUUCAGGGAUACCAGAAAUUAUCUAAGAGGCGAGACUCUCGUUAGUAAUCUCGCAACACGGAUAUGUGGGAGCGGUGAUAUCUUCUUAAAUGGUCGUGGGCCUGCCUUUUGUUUCAAUUUCGUGUCAAGGAACCAUGGGUUGACUCUUGUUGACUCGGUGAGUUUUAGUAACGCGAGUGAGUUAAGCUGGAACUGUGGGGAAGAAGGUGCUACGAAAAGGAAAAGUGUUCUUGAAACUAGAUUGAAACAGAUCCGUAAUUAUUUAUUUAUUUUAUAUAUUUCUCUGGGUGUUCCUGUUUUGAAUAUGGGAGACGAAUGCGGUCAAUCGUCAGGGGGUUCGGUCAACCGAAGCGAUCGAAAACCGUUCAAUUGGAAUGCAUUACAAACCGGUUUCGCGAUUCAAACGACGGAAUUCAUUUCGUUCUUGAGUGCGUUAAAAAUCAGGCGAAGUGAUCUUCUUCAGAGGUGGGAGUUUUUAAAGGUUGAAAAUAUCGAUUGGUAUGGGACCAAUUUGUCCCCACCAAAUUGGGAAGAUCCAACUACCAAGUUUUUAGCGGUUAGUUUGAAGGUUGAGAAAGAAAUAAACAGAGAUGAUGAAAGUGUGUUGGAUGGUGACAUGUUUGCCGCUUUCAAUGGCGGAGAUGAGGCGGUGACCGCUACUGUGCCGCCGCCUCCUGCUGACAUGGCAUGGGUUCGUUUGGUCGACACAAGUCUUCCGUUUCCAGGGUUCUUUUCCGUAACAGGUGAUUCCAUUCCUGAGACGAUGACUGGAGCACCUGCAUAUGUAAUGGCGUCUCACAGUUGUGUGUUGCUUGAAGCCAGGAGGAGGAUAGACGGUUAA